CGCGCUUCUCCACCCUCACCCACCACACACACACCAUGCCGCGCACCACCCAGCUGGCGCGCAAGGCCGCCAAGCCUGCCGCGCGCAAGGCCGCGCCGGCGCCCGUGCCCGCCAAGAAGGCAAAGGCGCCCAAGGCGGCGCCCGUGCCGGAGCCCGAGGACGACGACGAGGACGACGACGAGGAGCUGCUGCUGGCGGAGCGCGACUCGGACAACGAGCAGAGCGCCUCGGACUCGGACUCGGACUCGGACGACGACGACGACGGCGUGUCGCCCGAGGGCCUCGAGGCGCUCAUGCGCGCCCUCGGCGACGACGGCCUCGACGAGGAGGACCAGGCGCGGCUGGCGCUGCUGCGCGAGGAGCUCGAGGCGGGCGCGGGCGCGAGCGGCAGCGACGAGGAGGCGGAGCAGGAGGAUGAGGAAGAGGAGGAGGAUGAGGACGGGGAGAUGGAGGGAGAGGAGCUGGAGAGCGAGGAGGAGGAGGAUGCCGAGGCAGAGGAGACGGAGCUGCCGGCGCCCCUCGUGCAGCCGCCGAAGAGCAAGAUCAAGGGCGACACGCUCGCGGCAUCGCUGGCGCGCAGCGGCCUCAUUCCCGAGCCGCAGUCGGACCUCGAGGAGGAGGAGGACGAGGAGGAGGAAGCGAGCGAUGAGGAUGCAGAGGAGGACGACGAGGAGGACGCCGACGAGAACGGCGCUGGCCCCGCGUCGGGCAAGAAGCGCCACCCGCGCCCGUCGGAGCUGCGGCCCAAGAUCAACAAUGUCGAUGCGAUGCUGCGCAUCCGCGCCGAGCUGGCCCUCGACGGCGGCAGUGCGGGCAGCAAGGGCAAGAACUACCUGCCGUGGAUCGAGCACAUGGCGACGACGUACGGCCGCAGCAUCCAGGAGGAGAUGGGCGACGAGCCGGGCGCGGCCGACGACGACCUGAAGCGCGAGCUGGCGUUCUACAAGCAGGCGCUCGACACGGCGGUGCGCGGCCGCACGCUCUGCGCCCAGGCCGGCGUGCCGUUCGCGCGGCCAAACGACUUCUACGCCGAGCAAGUGAAGAGCGACGAGCACAUGGAGCGCGUGCGGCAGCGCCUGCUCGACGAGUCGGCGGGCAUCAAGGCGAGCGAGGAGGCCAAGCGGCAGCGCGAGCUCAAGAAGUUUGGCAAGAAGGUGCAGGUGGAGAAGACGCUCGAGCGGCAGAAGAGCAAGAAGGACCUGCAGGAGCGCGUCAAGGGCCUCAAGCGCAAGCACCAGGGAGGCCUCGAGGCCGACGACGGCGGCGACGAUGGCUUCGACGUGCGUGUGGAGCAGGCGCUGGCCGGCGACGACGGGCCCUCGCGGCGCGGCGCGCCUGCGGGCCGGGGGCGCGGGCGCGGCGGGCGCGCAAAGAUGCCGCGCACGGCGCGCGACGACAAGUUUGGCUUUGGCGGCAGCAAGCGGUACGCCAAGGAGCCGCAGAACGGCCUGCACGACGACAGCGCCGGACGCGGACGUGGCCGGGGCCGCGGCCGCGGCGGCGCGCGCGGCGGGCGGGGCGGAGGGCGCGGCGGCAGCAGUCGCGGCGGCGGCGCCAAGCGGCCGGGCAAGGACAAGCGCACUGGCCGCGCCUGA